GCGCAGGGGGCGGGACCGCGGCGGCGGUGUCCUUGCGGCGCAGCCCGGGACACCAACGCAUCGUCGCAGGUCAGCGCGGCGAGGCGACUUGAUCUCCGAGAGGCCCAAGGGCGGCGUCCACCAUGUUGUCUCGGGCGGCGUGCAGCAGGAGCAGGAGACUGGUGCCGGCCCUGGGCGCGCUGGGUUCCCGGCAGAAGCACAGCCUCCCCGACCUGCCGUAUGACUACGGCGCCCUGGAGCCUCACAUCAACGCGCAGAUCAUGCAGCUGCACCACAGCAAGCACCACGCGGCCUACGUGAACAACCUCAACGUCGCCGAGGAGAAGUACCGGGAGGCGCUGGAGAAGGGUGAUGUUACAGCUCAGGUAGCUCUGCAGCCUGCGUUAAAGUUCAACGGUGGGGGCCACAUCAAUCACAGCAUCUUCUGGACAAAUCUGAGCCCUAACGGUGGUGGAGAACCCAAAGGGGAAUUGCUGGAAGCCAUCAAACGUGACUUUGGUUCCUUUGCCAAAUUUAAGGAAAAGUUGACUGCUGUAUCUGUUGGUGUCCAAGGCUCCGGUUGGGGUUGGCUCGGCUUCAAUAAGGAGCAGGGACGCUUGCAGAUUGCUGCUUGUUCUAACCAGGAUCCCCUGCAAGGAACAACAGGUCUUAUCCCCCUGCUGGGGAUUGACGUGUGGGAGCAUGCUUAUUACCUUCAGUAUAAAAAUGUCAGGCCUGAUUAUCUGAAGGCCAUUUGGAAUGUGAUCAACUGGGAGAAUGUAACUGCAAGGUACACGGCUUGCAGCAAGUAAACCGUCAGCCUUACACUGAGUACGCCAAGCUCUUUCUGACUAUUUUUUCAGAGAACCACAUAAACCAGUAAGCUGCUCCAUUGUAGUGUUUCUGAGUGUGGCUUGUUCAAAUAUUUGAUAAACAUAAUCUACUGCUAUGGAUAAUCUCUUUUAAAAGUUUGUUAUUAGGCAACUGUUUGAAAAUGUUAAGUGCUUUGUAUGAUUUAGCCUUUUGAUUGAACAUUUUCUUUGGAGAGCUAAACUAGCUAGGAGGUGGUAAUUGUCAUCAUAAAACCAUCAAAAAAACUUCAUCCCCAUGAAGCCUUUCUGUUCAGUCGCAGUUACAGAAAAUCUAAUCUUUUUUGCCCCAGUUGCUUAAUAAUAAAAUAUUAAAUUUAUUUCCCAAGGGAAAUGCUUAGUUUUCUAUUGAAAAUUGCUCUAUUAGUAAUCCUCUGUCCAGUAUUAUUUCUGAUAGUUGCCACCCCAUGGUCUUUAAUUAAUUUUCUGAUCACAUGUUACAUAGGGUUAACACUAACCAUUUUGUCAUUAAGAAUACAUAUGACUUGAUGGCUGAGAAUUGCUUUAUUAUGAGAAGGAAAUAGUAGCAAGAAAAAUAAAGACUUUUGUGAAAUUUUGUCUUGAA